UUUAAAAAAAAAGUGGUAAAAAAAAGAUAAAACCCCUCUGGGCUUCCGACUGGGCCGAUCUGUCGGACCUUCGAGGUGGACCGCCAUGGUUGGCACUGCUGAGUUUUGAGCGUGCAGCUCGAAUUCGUGUUUAGCAAUUUUUCCUGAGAUGCGAUUGGGGAAUUAGAUCUCCAGUUGCGUCUAAUUGAAUCUCGGAGGUCUGAAGAAGAGAUCAAGAUGUUGCGUCUGAGAGCAUUUCGGCAGACCAACGGUAAGGUUGUGAAGAUACAGGUGCAUCCUACGCAUCCGUGGCUUGUUACCGCCGAUGAUUCAGAUCACGUCUCUGUCUGGAACUGGGAGCAUCGUCAGGUGAUUUACGAAUUGAAAGCCGGUGGAGUUGAUCAGCGCAGGUUGGUUGGUGCCAAGUUAGAGAAGCUUGCUGAGGGAGAAUCUGACUCUAAAUCGAAACCCACAGAAGCCAUUCGAGGAGGAAGUGUUAAGCAGGUGAACUUUUACGAUGAUGAUGUGCGUUAUUGGCAACUUUGGUGCAAUCGUUCUGCUGCUGCAGAGUCUCCAUCAGCAGUCAAUCAUCUCACAUCCGGCUUCACCUCCCCUGCUCCUUCUACUAAAGGCCGGCAUUUUCUGGUCAUCUGUUGUGAGAAUAAAGCCAUUUUCUUGGACUUGGUGACAAUGCGUGGUCGAGAUGUGCCAAAGCAGGAGCUUGACAAUAAAUCACUUCUCUGCAUGGAGUUUCUCACGAGAUCAUCCGCUGGUGAUGGCCCCUUGGUUGCAUUUGGUUCAUCCGAUGGUGUCAUUAGGGUGCUUUCAAUGAUUACAUGGAAGCUUGUACGCAGGUACACAGGAGGGCAUAAAGGAUCAAUUUCCUGCUUGAUGAAUUUCAUUGCAUCAUCUGGCGAAGCACUCCUUGUUUCAGGUGGUAGUGAUGGAUUACUUAUAUUGUGGAGUGCAGAUCAUGGUACUGAUUCAAGGGAACUAGUACCAAAGCUUAGCUUGAAGGCACAUGAUGGAGGGGUGGUGGCUGUUGAGCUGUCAAGGGUAAGUGGCAGUGCUCCGCAGUUGAUUACAAUUGGUGCUGAUAAGACAUUGGCCAUAUGGGACACAAUGACAUUUAAGGAAUUGCGAAGAAUUAAACCUGUCUCAAAGCUAGCAUGCCAUAGCAUUGCUUCUUGGUGUCACCCUCGAGCUCCAAAUCUUGAUAUUUUAACCUGUGUCAAAGAUUCACACAUAUGGUCUAUUGAACAUCCCACCUAUUCAGCACUGACAAGGCCAUUAUGUGAACUUUCAUCCCUGGUUCCUCCCCAAGUGCUUGCAACACACAAGAAACUUAGGGUCUAUUGUAUGGUUGCACAUCCUCUCCAGCCUCACCUUGUCGCGACAGGCACUAAUGCUGGUAUUAUAGUUAGCGAAUUUGAUCCUAGAGCCCUACCAUCUGCAGCUCCGCUUCCAACACCGUCCGAAAGUAGGGAGCAUUCUGCUGUGUAUAUCAUUGAAAGGGAACUUAAAAUGCUGAACUUUCAGCUAUCCAACUCAGCCAACCCUUCCCUUGGAAAUAAUAGCUCCUUGGCUGAGACAGGAAGGUUCAAGGGAGACUCCAGUGAAUCAUUAAUUGUAAAGCAAACUAAAAAGCAUAUCAGUACGCCUGUUCCACAUGAUUCAUACUCUGUUCUGUCUGUAAGCAGUUCUGGAAAGUAUCUUGCAGUUGUAUGGCCUGACAUACCAUACUUCUCUAUCUACAAGGUUAGUGACUGGUCCGUUGUUGAUUCUGGAAGUGCGAGGCUUUUGGCUUGGGAUACAUGCCGCGAUAGAUUUGCAAUAUUGGAAUCUGCAUUACCUCCGAGAAUGCCUAUAAUCCCAAAAGGUGGUUCAUCACGAAGGGCUAAAGAAGCCGCUGCAGCCGCAGGUCAAGCUGCCGCUGCAGCCGCUAGUGCAGCUUCAUCAGCUACUGUCCAAGUCCGUAUUCUCUUGGAUGAUGGUACAUCAAACAUACUCAUGAGAUCCGUUGGGGGUCGCUCUGAACCAGUCAUCGGUCUACAUGGCGGUGCUCUACUUGGUGUGGCCUAUCGCACAUCCCGUAGGAUUAGUCCUGUUGCUGCAACUGCUAUUUCUACGAUUCAAUCAAUGCCGCUCUCAGGAUUUGGAAACAGCAAUCUUUCUUCAUUCUCUAACUAUGAUGAUGGAUUUUCUUCUAACAGAUCUAGUGAUGCUGCUUCCCUAAAUUAUCAGCUUUACAGUUGGGAGACUUUUGAGCCAGUGGGUGGUUUAUUACCCCAGCCAGAAUGGACUGCAUGGGACCAAACGGUUGAGUACUGUGCUUUUGCUUAUCAACAAUAUAUAGUCAUAUCUUCCCUACGGCCUCAGUAUAGAUAUCUUGGAGAUGUUGCCAUUUCGCAUGCUACUAGCUCUGUUUGGCAUCGGAGGCAGCUGUUUGUUGUUACACCGACUACAAUUGAAUGCGUCUUUGUGGAUGCCGGAGUUUCUCAAAUCGAUAUAGAAACUAGGAAGAUGAAAGAGGAGAUGAAACUGAAGGAGGCGCAGGCCAGAGCAGUUGCAGAGCAUGGAGAGUUAGCCUUGAUCACAGUAGAAGGUCUACAGACUGUUAAGCAUGAAAGGAUAUCUUUAAGGCCCCCCAUGCUGCAGGUGGUACGUUUAGCUUCUUUCCAAAAUGCUCCCUCUGUUCCACCAUUCUUAUCACUGCCGAGACAAUCUAGGGUUGAUGGAGAUGAUUCUAUGCUGGAUGAAAGAAAAGCCAAUGAAGUAGCUGUUGGUGGUGGUGGGGUUUCGGUGGCUGUUACUCGUUUUCCAGUGGAGCAAAAACGACCAGUGGGACCUCUUGUCGUUGUUGGUGUACGGGAUGGAGUUCUUUGGCUCAUUGAUAGGUACAUGUGUGCCCAUGCUAUAUCACUGAGCCAUCCCGGCAUCCGUUGUCGCUGCCUAGCUGCUUAUGGUGAUGCUGUCAGUGCAGUUAAAUGGGCAAGUAGGCUCGGAAGAGAGCAUCACGAUGAUCUAGCACAGUUUAUGCUAGGAAUGGGCUAUGCUACUGAAGCCCUUCAUCUGCCCGGAAUAUCAAAGAGGUUGGAGUUUGAUCUAGCAAUGCAGAGCAACGAUCUCAAGAGGGCUCUUCAAUGUCUUCUCACGAUGAGCAAUAGUCGGGACAUUGGGCAGGAUGGUUCUGGUCUCGAUUUGAGCGAUAUUCUUUCUUUAACAACUAAGAAAGAAGAUGUGGUCGAGGCUGUUCAAGGAAUAGUGAAGUUUGCAAAAGAGUUUCUGGACCUUAUUGAUGCUGCAGAUGCCACUGGACAAGCUGAUAUUGCUCGCGAAGCGCUCAAAAGGUUGGCCACUGCAGGUUCAGUGAAAGGUGCAUUGCGCGGUGAUGACUUACGAGGGCUUGCUUUACGCCUAGCAAAUCAUGGAGAAUUGACACGCCUAAGUGGUCUGAUAAACAAUCUGAUCUCCAUAGGCAUGGGGCGUGAAGCUGCAUUUUCAGCUGCAGUUUUGGGGGACAAUGCUCUCAUGGAGAAAGCAUGGCAAGACACGGGAAUGCUCGCAGAAGCUGUGCUUCAUGCCCAUGCACAUGGUCGUCCAACGUUAAAGAAUUUGGUACAGGCUUGGAACAAAACUCUGCAGAAGGAAGUUGAGCAGGCGCCAUCUUCAAAAACCGAUGCGGCGAGUGCAUUCCUCGCCUCCCUCGAGGAUCCCAAGCUUACGAGUUUGUCCGAUGCUUCCCGGAAACCACCCAUUGAGAUACUGCCUCCGGGAAUGUCGUCCAUCUUCGCUUCCAUUUCUACCCAGAAAAAACCUCCACCCAUCCAGAAAACUUCACAGCAAGAACCAACUAAGCCAUUGCAAAUCGAAGCACCUCCUUCCUCCGAAGCGCCACAAGCCGCUCCUGUUGAGUCAGCCGCACCAGAACCCGUCCCUCCUGCUGCUCCAGCGCCCGAAGCAGCAGCCGAGACUGAACCAGCGUCAGAGACUGAACCCGAGCCUCCGGUAGAAAAGGAGGAAGUUUCUUCAGAAGAUAAAACCGCUUCCUUCUCAAGCCCGACCCCCGAAACCACUGCAGCUGUAGAGGAAAGCAAGAAAACCUCACCCGAAAGUGAGUCGGAGAGUGAACAAGCAGCUGAGAAGCAAGAAGCCGUAGCUCCUGCAAGAGACUAUACGAAAGAUCUGGAUUUCUUGAAUGUCUAAGUUAGUUGAAUUGCUAAAUGAAAGAUCGUUCAUGAAACAUGAGCAGAGCGUGUAAAGAUGUGCUCAUUCGAGUUUUGUGACUACAUCAUUAGAAACAUGAACGUUUUGCCUUUCCGUGCUGUUACUACUCGAUGGUUUGUGUUGUAGUUGUCACUGUUGAACCUCUCUCUGAGAUACGUGAAUUUGUUGGAAGUGUAGUACGGUCUCACCACUACAAACACCUA